CAGUCCAAGUGCGGAACGGAUCUCAGUAGCGGUCCAAAUAGAUAAGUUCAGUUCAGUCGCAGACUCGCACAUAUCGCCUCUUUCCGCCGCGCCGAACACACACGAUAGCUCUCUGCCGCUUCUAGCUGAACACUAUCUCACCGACAACCCUCGAUGCGAUAACGAGAUCAAGUAAGAUGGCUGUGAGAGGUGUUUGGCAACUACAAAAGCUGAUUGUGAGCUAUUGUGAUUGGGGUGGAAGUAGUAGGGGCAUCAGGGCAUUAAUGGACUCACAUCUACCAGCGUUUAGAGAGAAAAAUCCUCGGCUAGAAGUUGUCACUGAACUCAUUCGUGGUCAGCAUCCGCAUUUGAAAGGCUUUUACCGGAACAAAAAUGAGCGGGUUAUAUGUGUGAAGAAUAUGGAUCCGGAAGACAUCCUUCUACAUGCAACCCGGUUAAGGAAUGCAUUGGGAAGAAAGGCGGUGAAAUUGAAGACGAGACAUGUAACCAAACACCCUAGUGUUCGGGGUACAUGGACAACGGACCUCAAAUUUUGAGGCGUAGGGACUUCUUUUGGUGUGUCUUACCCAGUUUUAGCCCCAAUUAAAGGCUUAGUGGAACCAUCGCUUAUGAUCAUGAUAAGUUGUGCAAUCUGGCCAAUAUUUCGAUAUGA